UUUCAACAUCACCAUGAUUAUUAAAUCGAAUCCAAUCCAAUCCCACCAACACUGAUAAUAAUUGUAACUGAUUUUAUUCUUCAAAAACGAGUUACCACCUAUUCCACUCACUCAACCAUGAACCGAUUCAGACGAGUUGAAUUCAUCGAACACGAACCUUUAAUACCCUUACCCUUAUGUCACUACUCAUCUUCACCGUUCUUCAUAACUGAAACCCUAGCAUUCCCUUCCUUCGUCGAACAAUCUCUACCGUUCGAUCUAGGUCACGAUCUAGGUCACGAUCUAUCUCUUCUCCCGAGUCCAUUCCACGCGGAUCUGGUGCGCGUGGAUCGCACACACUCGUUUCAAUUGCAGAGCUUAAGCGACCGAGUCGCCGAGUUAGAGUCGCGAUUCGACCGAAUCAUCGACGGGAAGAAGAAAGAGAAGAAGAAGAGUAGCGGCGGCGGUGGAGGAUGUAAUCGGAAGUACACGUGGACGGCUGAUAUUAAAGGAGCUGAGAAGAAUGGGUUUGAUAGGAAGUAUAAGUGGAUUGCGCAGAUUGUUGAGGAAGAGAACAAGAAGAAGAAGAAGAAUGAUAGUAAGUUGAAAAGUGCGGUGGUGAAGAAUGUUAAAUGGACGGCUGAGAUUAAAGGAAAAGGAGAGGAUAGUGGGAACACGAGGAAGUAUACGUUUGAGGUUGGAAGUGGUGAUGAUGCUGAGAAGAAGAAAAAGAAUCUGAAUGUGAAUGAGAAGGAGAAGGAGAAGGAGAAGGUGAAUGAGAAGGAGAAGGAGAAGGAGAAGGAGAAGAAGAAAGAGAGUAGGUUUCGUAUUGUGGAGAUUGAAGAACCCACUGAUCAUAAAGUUGUCGUUUUAAGACAGGCAUUUGCAAAGAGGUUUGGAGCAAUUCAAAAUCAGAGAGGCAAAAAGAAGGAAUUAUCUCCUCAAGAUGCUGCAUUUUUAAUCCAGAGCACAUUUAGAGCAUACUUGAUCCGUAGGUCAAAGGCUCUCCGCGCCCUUAGAGAACUGGCUAUUGCGAAAUCUAAAUUAAAGGAAAUCAGAGCCCUGUUCAAUAAUUUUUCCUACCGACGCCGUAUAGCUAAUGAUGCAGUGGAACACCAGAGGUUUUCUGAGAAAAUCAUUGUCUUGCUUCUCACUGUUGAUGCCAUUGAGGGAGUUGAUCUCAUGGUUAGAUCUGCAAAGAAGUCAAUGGUGGAUGAGCUGGAAGCAAUGCUUGAUGUGGUAGAUCCCCAGCCUGCUGGAAGAUCACUGUCCUUUAAAAGAAGGACAUUUGAUAUGCCUGAUGGAAUCAUCCGAAAGGAAAUUGAAGAAGGUGUUGCACAAGUUGUGCAAAUGCUUGAUGAAGCCGAGAAUAGCAGCAGCACCUUUUGAAGAAUGCAUGUGAGAUUAAUGAAGCAAUAUUUAUCUGUUUAUUUCUCGCUUUCCAUCUGCUCUUGUAGUAUGUUGUUAGACGGAUCUUAGUCUAUGAUUUGAUUACUUUUAUAAGUUAGGCUUUCAUGUUUCAUCUAAUGGUUUGUCUUUGCUUAAUGCUUGACACUUUUCUGAAUGAAAAAACUGGCUUCGUGUCUGUGCUUUA